UCAUUUGUUGUUGUGCGCCUUUUGUCUCUCCCAAUUUGUAGUUUUCACUCUCUCCCAAAAACUCCACAAACAGAUUCAUUCUCUCUCUCUCUCUCUCUCUCUCUCUCUCUCUCUCUCCACAUCCGUUCUCUCUCAACAACCUCUUUCUCUCGAUUCCUUUCCUACACCACAAAUGGAACGCCCAAAUCGCAGCCACAGAUUCUUCAAGUUCAGGUCCAUCUCAACACUGCUCGCUUCGUUUUCCUCUUAAUUAAGCAGCAAUUAAAUUUCCGCUCCUGUCCCCGAAUGAAAACCGAUUUUCCAGGAAAGUCCAGUAUCCCGAGACAAUAUCCUUCCUCCCCUGCUUCUUUUUGUACGCCUGCCAACAAAAACCUCGCUCUCAUUCACCUGUCAAAUCCAAUCCUCUCAAUCCUCACUACUACUACUACGACUACUUUUCAAAGCCCAAUGUUUGCUAAGAACUACGACUUCUCUCGCGCUGUUGUUGAGAUGUCUUGGAUCAUGCUGAGAAUUGACUACUCCAGGCUCUUUUGGCUCCUAUUCGGUGUCUUUUCUUACGAGAAUCACGAAGGAAAACCUCGGAUUUAGGUUUCUCAGACACCUCCCUCUAUCUCUCUCUCUCUCUCUCUCUCUCCCUCUCUUUCUCUCUGUUCUCUUCGAUUAGGUGACUAGUUUUCGAAUUACGUUUUAAACAUGCAAAAAGGAAGUAGUCCUCGAGACCGAGCGGAUGAAGCCGAGGCCGAUUGUGUCUACGCGGAAACCGAUCCAACCAGACGCUACGGUCGUUUUGAAGAAAUUCUUGGAAAAGGGGCAAUGAAAACUGUUUACAAGGCUAUUGAUGAGGUCCUUGGAAUGGAGGUUGCGUGGAACCAGGUAAAACUCAAUGACUUGCUUCGGUCAUCAGAGGACUUACAACGGCUAUACUCAGAGGUUCACCUCCUCAGCACUCUCAAUCACGAUUCAAUUAUCCAGUUCCACACAUCUUGGAUUGAUGUUGAUCGAAGGACCUUCAAUUUCAUUACUGAAAUGUUAACUUCAGGCACCCUCCGCGAAUAUAGGAAGAAGUAUAAACGAAUGGACAUCCGUGCCAUCAAGAUUUGGGCCCGUCAAAUACUAUCUGCCCUAGUCUAUCUGCAUGGUCAUGAUCCACCAGUGAUCCAUAGAGACCUUAAGUGUGACAAUAUCUUUGUCAAUGGCCAUCUUGGACAAGUGAAGAUUGGCGAUCUGGGCUUGGCAGCAAUUCUCCGUGGGUCUCUCACAGCACACAGUGUUAUAGGCACACCAGAAUUCAUGGCGCCCGAACUAUACGAGGAAAGUUAUAAUGAACUUGUUGAUGAGUACUCAUUUGGUAUGUGCGUUUUAGAGAUGCUCACUUCUGAAUACCCAUAUAGUGAAUGCACCAACCCAGCACAAAUUUACAAGAAGGUGACAUCGGGCAAGCUGCCAAGAGCAUUCUACAAAAUUGAAGACUUGGAAGCACAAGGAUUUAUAGGCAAAUGCUUGGAACCUGCCUCAAAGAGAUUAUCAGCAAAAGAGCUAUUGCUUGACCCAUUUCUUGCCUUUGAUGAUGGUGACUUGUCACGUCUUACAAAGACUCGAAGUCUGAAGCCUUUCUUGAACGGGAAAAUAGGAAUAGCAGAUUUGCGACUGUCUGCGAAUCCACCAAGAACAGACAUGACUAUCACAGGGAAGCUAAAUCCUGAAGAUGACGCCAUAUUCCUGAAGGUGCAGAUUCCCGAUGAUGAAGGUUCUGCUAGGAACGUUUAUUUCCCUUUUGACAUUGUGAGUGACACACCGUUAGAUGUUGCAACUGAGAUGGUGAAGGAGUUGGAGAUCAAUGAUUGGGAACCCUUUGAAAUUGCUGAUAUGAUUGAAGGAGAGAUAUCUGCUCUCAUACCCCAUUGGAAGAAACAGGGCCAGCCUGAAUCUGAUCACUGGGAGCAUCAUCAAGAGGAUGAUGACGGGCACCAUCACCUUCUCUAUUCUUUCUCCUCUUGUUCAUCAUCCCAAGUGUCUCUCCCGGGCUUUGUUAAUAUACACGAGAUGGAUACAAGUUCUCAUCAUUGUGAUUGGAUCCGAGAUGACUUAUUUGAUGAUACCAGCUCUCAAAGUUCUUUCUGUUCUGAAAAAUAUUCCAAUUUGAACUAUUAUUCUUGUGAAGAGCGUGAUUCUGAAUCGAGCCAUAUAGUACGAGACCAUCAGUACUCAGUUUCGAAUAUACAAAAGUCUACAAGGUUCUGUCCAGAAGAAACUUCUAGCACCGGCCAGCAUACUGCUAGGAAUUACCACAAGCAAAGUAUAGUUUUGCUCGACUCCAAACAAGCUUCUACUUCUAAAGGUAAAUGGGCGAUGGACAGCCGUCAGUUGACAAGAAACCAAUCUCUGGUGGAUAUGCGAUCCCAGUUGCUGCACCGAUCAUUAGUGGAAGAGCUGAAUAAGAGACGACUGUUCAAGACUGUUGGUGCUGUGGAAAAUAUCGGGUUUCAGAACCCUUGUAGGGUUUCUGCCAAGGGGUCAAAGCCCGGAGGAGGGGCUUACGCUUUGAGAACUGGAAGUGAUGGUAAGAGUCUAGGCCAUAAAGGAAGCAGAGCCUGAAUUCUCAGUUAUCUUGAAUCUAGAAGUUAUGAAGAGAAGUCUGUACAUAUUGCUAUCUGAUGUAAAUAUUCAGCAGAUGCCCUAGACCAGUCCACAGUUUGCUGCAGUAAGUCAUGCCAUUCCAUUGGCCCUUUGAGGUGUGUUACUACAGCUAGUCUGGCCCUUUUAUGAUUAUGUUUUUAAUCAGCGGGAAAAAAGAAGACGACAAUAAUGUAUUUUUCCAUGUUGAUCCUUUUUGUUGUUAUCUUUGUCUACAUUCUGUGGUAUUGUAACAAAGUUGUCAGGCGGCAAAACUUGUGAAUGAAACCUAGCAUCCUUCUGUUUGGUUGCUUUGCCCACUUUUGGUUGUCUGAUCUUACAAGGAAGGGUGCUUAUGAGUAAUGUCAUUGUGUAUCCGCAUUUCUGAUUGUUCCAAAUAAAUAAUAACUCAAAUAUUAAGAUUUUA